AAUGUUCUGCCUGGGCCGUCCUGUGAGAGUAUGAGCAGGAACGAGAGUGUGUAAGCUUGGAAGGGUGUGUGCGAGUGUGUGUCAGUAGACAUGGGGGAUAGAAGUGCAGUGCAGCAGCUAAAACAGCCUCCGUACGAUGGACUGUGCAACUACGCCCAAAAAAUUACAUCCUGUUUCGGACUUGACGUGGCCCAUACACAGGAAACGCAACACCAGACGGAGAAGCCUUUGAUACGCUGUGCUAAAUGCGGAGAGGUUUGCAAGGGAGAGGUGUUACGAGUGCAGGCCAAACACUUCCACAUCAAAUGCUUCACAUGCAAAGUAUGUGGCUGUGAUCUGGCUCAGGGUGGAUUCUUCAUGAAGAAUGGAGAAUACCUGUGCACUGUGGACUACCAGCGGAUCCAUGGCACCCGCUGUAACAUCUGCGGAGAGUUUGUGGAGGGAGAGGUGGUGAGCGCACUUGGAAAGACCUACCAUCCAGCAUGCUUUGUGUGCACAAUCUGCAAGAGGCCAUUUCCUGCAGGAGACAGAGUGACGUUCAAUGGUAAAGACUGUCUGUGUCAAUACUGUGCUGAGCCAGUGACUCCUGGACCCACCAAAGAUGUCACAGGACCCAGCAGUUGUGCGGGCUGUGGCAGAGGUAUUAAGAAUGGUCAGGCUCUGUUGGCUCUAGAGAGUCAGUGGCAUUUGGGCUGUUUUAAAUGUAAAUCCUGUGCCAAAGUCCUGACUGGAGAAUACAUCAGCAAAGAUGGCGCCCCCUACUGUGAGAAGGAUUAUCAGCUCCUGUUUGGUGUGCAGUGUGAGGCGUGUCAGCAAUUCAUCACUGGGAAAUUACUGGAGGCAGGAGACAAGCACUACCACCCAAGCUGUGCUCGCUGUAGCAGGUGUAAUUGUAUGUUUACUGAAGGAGAGGAAAUGUACCUACAAGGAUCAACAGUUUGGCAUCCAAGCUGUAAACAUUCACCUAGAAGCGAGGAGAGACAGAGGCUGACACACUCAUCGUCCGAGAGUAUUUGUUCCAGACCUGAUUCAAGCAUACCUAGGUCACCGGGUCACACCAUAUAUGCAAAAGUAGACAAUGAAAUCCUUGAUUACAAGGAUUUAGCAGCCAUUCCCAAGGUCAAAGCCAUUUAUGACAUUGAGCGUCCAGAUUUAAUCAACUACGAGCCACUUUACUCCACCUCACUGGAUGAGGCAGACGAGAGAGAGAGUGUGGGAGAGCUGCAGAGCUCCAGGAGAGACUGUUCCCCCAUGCCAGAUGACAGAACCAGAUCUCCCACACCGACUGCUGAGAGCUACUAUGACAUGAGGGAACGAAUCAUCCAGAGGUCUACGAGUCAAGGCUCCAUUGGCUCACCCAUUUACAGCCGCCACAAUUACACACCCACCCUCUCACGCUCGCCUCAGCACUUCCACAGACCUGAUCAAGGGCUGAACAUCUACAGAAAACCUCCUAUCUACAAACAUCAUGAUUCAGCUGCCUUUGCAGCCCAGAGCAAGUCUGCUGAUGACAUCAUCAAAUCGGCAAAAUUCCCCUCAGCAUAUGCUCCUGGUCCAGACUACCCAGCAAAGAUAGAGACAGAGUGCUGGUCCUUCCCGAUCGCCCAUGCUGCCCUAGGGACAGAUGGCAGAAGAAUAUCAAGAGAGGAGGAUGAAGAGGAUGUACAGAAACAUAGACAUCUUCAAGAGGAACAUCUCAACAAGAUCCAGUCUGGUUUGGGGAAGAUGAUCCUUAAAGAGGAGAUGGAGAAAGAGAAGAUUCGAGAGCGUCACGCACGGAGCCUGUCGGCUCAACGCUGCAGUAAUGCUGAUCAAAGUUCACCCUCUAAAACAGGCUCGCUUCCUGGAUACGGGCGAAAUAGACUGCAUCGGCCUCAGUCGUCUGAUUUCAUUCAGUAUAACAGUUAUGGGGACGUUUGCGGUGGGGUGAGAGAGUUUCAGCCCCUGCAUGAUGGCCAUCGUUCAACCACCAGAAUGGACAGAGGGGUGUCUAUGCCUAAUAUGUUGGAACCAAAAGUAUAUCCAUAUGAAAUGCUCAUGGUUACCAGCCGUAGUCGCUCUAAACUGCCCCGAGAUGUGGACAGAACCCGACUAGAGCGCCACCUGGCUCCAGGGAUAUUCUUUGAAAUAUUUGGGAUGGAAAUUAAGGAAUUCGACAGGUUACCUCUCUGGAAACGCAAUGAGCUGAAGAAGAAAGCCAAGCUCUUCUAAACAGGAUAUAGAAAACAUCUACACUCGCUCGCAUUAUGUAUCAUAAAGCUUUUUUACUGCUGUUCAUUCCUUUGUUGUAUGCUCAGAGGUCAAAAUUAAAUGCAAAACUGUAGCCACAAGAAAGUUCUGUGCUGCAGUAUCAUCAGAUGAUGUCAGUUCGGUCCAAACAUUGCCGACAUGCUCUAGAGUUCUCAUCUCUUUAUUUUUAUCUCUAUCACUUUGUUUUUCCUUCUCCUAGAAAAUAGUCUUCCUCUUUUUGUUCCACUGUAUGUUCUUCUUGCCUAUCUUUGUAAAUCUUGCUCAUGCAGGUAAGAAUGUUGUCUGAUAAUCUGAUUCUUUGUAAAUUUGCGGUUACAAUCUAUGUAAUUCACUGUGUUCCAGCAAAGACAUCUUUGUUUGCGUAAGUUGUUUUUGUUCAGGGAGGGAUUGUAGGUGUAUGUGUGUGUGUGUGUGUGUGUGUUUGUGUGUGUGUGUGUGUGUGUGGGCGGGUUUGGGUGGUUUAUGAGGACAAUUUUUUAGGUUAAUAACUGGUAAUUACAAGGGUAUUAUGCUAUAAAUGUGGUUUAUGAGGACAUUUCUAGUGUCCCCAUAAUUCAAAUCACUUAAAAUACAUACUAAAAUAUGUUUUUUUGAAAAUGUAAAAAUGCAGAAAGUUUUUUGUGAGGGUUAGGUUUAGGGGUAGGGUUAGGGUUAGGGGAUAGAAUCUAUAGUUCGUACAGUAUAAAAAUCAUUAUGUCUAUGGAGAGUCCUCAUAAGGAUAGCUGCACCAACAUGCAUAUGUGUGUGUGUGUGUGUGUCUUUGUAUCUGUUCAUGUUAAAACAGUUCUGAAUGCUUUCAAAGAGAUUUAAUCCAUAUCAGCACAUAUCCAUGUAUUCACCCUUUACUGCUGUAUCAGACUCCAAAACAUCUGUUAAAGAUGUGACAUUUCUGCGCCACUAGCAGCACAAAACAGAAAUGCAAAAAUAAGUAAUGACCUUUAAACAUCCAUACUUCUAUUAUUCACCCAAACAGCCAAAUUCUCACACCAUUGGCAAACUCAGGCAAUCGUAAUGUCCAGCCCAUUUGGGCUCCUCAAACAAACAGAUUGCAGUUUAGUGCCACUAGUGGCUUAGAAUAUACACUUUAAGCUUUCUGGUUUCAAUUUAAUUGUAAAAUCAGUGCUGAUGUCCCUUCCCUAGUAUACUGUAUAUUUAAAUAAUAGACUUCAAAGUAAACAAUAAACUGCAUUUGAAUUUUCUGAAAAUGUUGAUGCUCACACUGCCAGUUGUAUUUCUAAGUAAAGGGAAAUGUUUCAAUGUGCAACUCUGUUAAACCAAAGGCAUUAAAUUGGGUAAAUGCUAUAAAAAAAAAUUUAAUUAACUAAUCAAAUCAGAUGUCAUAUUGUACUGAGUUCUUCAUGCACAAAACACUGAACUUGUUGUACAUGGAAUUCUUAGUAGGACCAAAUGCAAUACUUCCUUUGCUUUGUAUCUCUCAUUUUAAUUCAGUGAACAUAUAACAGCAUUGCAAAAAUAAAUAAAUACAUAAAAACGAA